CAGAGAGAGAGAGAGGAAGGAGAGAGAGAUUUACCCUGGGAUCCAGAAGUUCGUUCUAACCUGAGGAAAAUCAAAUCCCUGGAAAGCCUGCAGAGAGAAGAACUAAACGCCUGAAACUCCUCUCUCUCUCUCCCUCCCCACCUCUCUCCCCUAGCUCCCAAAUUCCCGGUUCCCUGUGCACAACUGUGGAGAUAAUAUGUUGUUCUUCGCUCUCCUGCUAAAGGUGACUUGGAUCCUGGCUGCAGAUGGGGGUCACCACUGGACAUACGAAGGCCCACAUGGUCAGGACCACUGGCCAACCUCUUACCCUGAGUGUGGAGGCAAUGCCCAGUCCCCUGUUGACAUCCAGACAGACAGUGUGAUAUUUGACCCUGAUCUGCCUGCUGUACAGCCCCAUGGAUAUGACCAGCUUGGUACUGAGCCUUUGGAUCUACACAAUAAUGGCCAUACAGUGCAGCUCUCCCUGCCCCACACCCCACACCUGGGUGGACUGCCCCGAAAAUACACAGCAGCCCAGCUCCACCUGCACUGGGGUCAGAAAGGAUCCCAAGAGGGCUCCGAGCACCAGAUCAACAGUGAAGCCACUGCUGCAGAGCUCCAUGUGGUCCAUUAUGACUCAGAUUCCUACGGCAGCCUGAAUGAAGCUGCUCAGAAGCCUCAGGGCCUGGCUGUCCUAGGCAUCUUAAUUGAGGUGGGCGAGGCUGAGAAUCCAGCUUAUGAUCACAUUCUGAGUCACCUGCAUGAAAUAAGACAUAAAGGUCAGACGACCUCAGUGCCUCCCUUCAGUGUGAGAGAGCUAUUCCCCCAACAGCUGGAGCAGUUCUUCCGUUACAAUGGCUCGCUCACAACUCCCCCCUGCCACCAGAGUGUACUCUGGACAGUCUUCAACAGGAAGGCCCAGAUUUCAAUGGGACAGUUAGAAAAGCUCCAGGGGACACUGUUCUCCACAGAAGAAGAACCAUCUGAGCCCCUCGUACAAAACUACAGAGCCCCCCAGCCUCUCAACCAGCGGACCAUCGUUGCUUCUUUCAUCCAAGUGGGACCAUUGUACACCACAGGAGAGAUGCUGGGUCUAGGUGUGGGAAUCUUGGCUGGAUGUCUCUCCAUUCUGCUUGCUGUUUAUUUCAUUGCUCGAAAAAUUAGGAAGAAGAGGCUAGGAAACAGGAAGAGUGUGGUCUUCACUUCAGCACGGGCUACCACAGAGGCUUAAACUCUGUCUCAAGAUGCCAUGAACGCCUUCCCUCAUACCUGUCAAGGAGCCUCUCUAAGAGGUGCAGGGACUAAACUACCAGUAGUAGGCAGACACAUGUCCUUCUAAACACCACCUCCCCCCUCAUACACCAGAGAAGCAAGGACCCAGUUUAAGAAUGAGCAGAGCCUUUGGCCUUUCAAAUCAUGCAGGUCAGGAGGCCCCUGCUUUAACGUUUAGCUAUGAAGAAGCUGACACCCCUCUUGGCCUUCCCUACGUAUACCUAGAUACAUACACAUAUUUUUCCUCUAGGAAAAAGAACUGCUGCUAAGAUUUUAGCCAUGUUUUACUCAAUGUAUGUUUGAAAAUUCAAGUUUCUGACCUUAA